AUGGACGAAAAAGACGAAUCGGCCGUUUUUUUGGCCCCAACUUGCAAUGACAAAAUAAAUGAGGCACCUCCGACCCCCGAGGGACCCACGGACAGUCAUGUUCUGGCUCAGGUCGAGCAAGAUGAAAAGGGACUAUCGCAACAAGCUGGCGACACAGCCGAAGUGACUGAUGUCGGAUGGACCACGCCUACCAACCAUAUCGUGGAACCUAUUAUAGCAGGAAUCUCAAACGAAGACCUUUGGAUGCUUAUCAGACGAUUUGAUCAGCAAGUCUACAAUGUCAAAGCAGUGCCAAAUGCUCCGUUGCAGAACCUCGAUUUAACUCGAUCCGAUGAUGAUGAGUUUUCGCCAGACAAGCUUCGUGCUACCAUGGAGAGAUUCUACAUUACGGUUGUUGUUACUUUGACGAGCUUUAUCAAACAUGUCGCUCGUCUCCGAUCCUGGAAGGAGCCUCGGCGGACAGCGAUCUUUUGCGUGGUAUACUCUCUUGCGUGGGUUCUCGACUUCCUUGCUCCUGCCUUCUUCGCGGCUCUCAUUUCUCUGGUCAUAUACCCGCCGUGUCGACCGAUCAUGUUCCCGCCAGCGCCAAUCGCUCUCGUUGAUAAAGAUACUGGAGGUGUUCAAAAGCCAAAGGCGGGAGUUCUUGGCUCACACGACAGUAUCACCGGUGCUCCCGAAAAGUACAAGGGCGAAGCUGCCGAAAAGGAAGCUAGCAACUUGGUUGCAAGUGUUGCAAGCGUGGCCGUCGGAAGUGCAGUCGGAAAGCAUGAUCAGGGUGUCCCCGAGGGUGCACCUCUAGAAGACUCUGUACCGGAUGCUAUGGAUAUCGUAUCUAACACUGCAGAUGCACAAAGUGCAGCACAGGGAGAGAUUCCUUCUGAGUCGCACGACAAGACUCGACAGCCUAUGAAGCAAGCCGUCCUGGAUGGAGCAAACAUGGCCAUGGAUGUUGUGAGCGAUAUUACAGAUACAUUUGAGAAGUUUGGAAACGCGUUAUCCCCUACGUCGCCAUUCCCUCAACUUUCCCCUCGCUUGCGCCUAGUGGCUGUUCUAGCUCCGACAUGUCUUCUAUCGACCUUGGUAUCAAGCUAUUUCUUGAUGAAAACCAUGGGACUAGUCACUGGCUUCGUUUUCUUCGGUGAUCCUAUCAUCUGGCGCGGAAUCGCCUACUUGAACAGCAAUUAUCCCCACUGGGAGCGACUUCUGGAGCUACAAAACUCUCUACUUAAAGGCAUUCCGACCAAUUCUCAAUUGGCGCUAACUCUCUUGCGUAUCGGUGAAGCAAACAUGUCACCGCUGCCGCCCCCUCCCAGCUCACUGGAGAAAGCUUCAUCACGACCUGCCUCUCUACAUCACGAGGAGCUGACACUCGGUGCUUCUCGAUCAGAAAUCGAACUGGCUGCCUCGCCCGAGGUCCAUAAUGGGUUGAAGGAAGAAGAACCCCACCACGAAAAGACCAUGGCAACCAGAAUACUCGGCUUCUUCCGGGGUACUACUGCAACAGGGGUCGAGAGCAAGCGAGGUAUUGAUCGCAUGCGAGCAGCGAUUGGGUCUCGUCAUGCCAGGAACCGUGUUGGAGUGCUGCGUCCCAAAGGCAAAGAGAGUUCACCGGUUGGACCUGCCGAGUUCAAUGCCCGACAUAAGGGUAAGCGUGGUGCUGUUGUAAUCGACUCAUCUAAAGAUUCACCGAUACUGUACUUCACGACCGAUAUACCUCAAUUCGGUGACUUUGAAGUGGAGAAACGGAAAAAAGGCACCGUCUACUUUACGAUUCCAGUCAGCGACAUUCUGGAAAUGAAGAAACAGGGUGGAAUGGGGUGGAAAGGAAAGUUGGUCGUCGGCUGGGCUAUUGGGAGUAAGGAAGUGGUGGAUGGUUUGCUCAUCCAGGGCAAGGAGCCACACCAAACCUACCAACUGACAGCGAUGGGAACGAGGAAUCAACUCUUCAAUCGGUUGAUUGCAAUUGACGGACAGGUUUGGGAGACUUUUUGA